AUGAUAGUUUUUAUCCUAUUUUUCUCAACCUUCGCAUCAGGGCUGAGUUUUACCAACUACAACUUCAAAAGAAAGAACAACUUCCCAGUGGUUGGCAUUGUCUCAACCCCUUGUGACGACACCUUCAAUACCACAGGAGCGCGAUCAUACAUAGCAGCUUCAUAUGUUAAAUUCCUUGAGUCUGGAGGUAUUCGAGUGGUUCCAAUUCUUUACAACUACACUUAUGAAGAAAUCGACUUCCUCAUGAGCAAGAUCAAUGGAGUCUAUCUGAUUGGCGGCAAGACCAAGCUUACCUCUGUCAUUGACGGCCAAGAAUAUUGGCAUGAGUACCUUAACAAAUCAGCCUACAUCGUCAACAAAGUGAUUGAGAAAAAUAGGAAUGGGGAGUACUUCCCUUAUGUUGGUGUAUGCAUGGGAGCUCAGCUGCUUCACAUUGCCUUGACGGAACACUGCGAAUGCGCCAUGCAGUACACGGAUGCUUUGAAUUUCAGGUCAAACCUAAUGUUCACUGACAGCGUGCCUAAAUCAAGACUUUUUGGCAAUGCAGACCCAAGAAUGCUUUAUGAGAUGGCUUAUAAAAACAUCACUUAUCAGAAUCAUAAGUAUGGGUUUUAUCCUAGCUUGUACACAGGUAAGAAUUAUUUAGAUAAUCCUAAGGUCUCGUCAAUGCUAAGACCGUUGGCUGUUUCUUAUGAUAGGCUUGGAGUGCUCAAUGUCGUUAUAUCUGAAGGAAUUGAUAUCCCAUUUUAUGCAACUAUGAUUCACCCUGAAAAGCCUGCUUAGUAAUUAUUAUUCAGCGAAUGGUUUUCGCUUAAGAUUAACCAUAAUAUCACUGCUAUUGAGGUUGGGCAUUAUUUUGCCACUUUUUAUGCAACUGAAUUUGGGAAAAACACAAACACUUUUGGGAACUACACUGAGUACCAAAAAUAUUCAAUUCUGAAUCACCAGGUUUAUUACCUCCAUAGACCUCUGGAGCAAGCUUAUCUAUUCUUUUAA